AUGCAGGCAGAAGAUUAGCCUCGUCAAAGCCUUAUUCUUUCCUUGCUCCCGACUCCAGUCUAAGAGAUAACUACUGAGUCAGAUGAAUUUAGUGAUCAGCCACCUAUAUAAAAGAUACCAAAAUAUAUUAAAAUUCUCUAAGAAAUAGAAAAAGAAGCUGAGAAAAUUCUGGGAAGUAAAAAACUGAAAUUAUUUUUCCAAAGUUUGUACGGCCCACUUGAAACUACAGAAGAUGAUUUAAAUGAAUUGCGCUGUAUGUUGAGAGCAGUUGCAGAUAUAUCUGGAAAUGAUGGUGAAACUAAUUCCCUCGAGGAAUAGGUAUUUAGAAAUGAAUAAUUGCGAAGAUCUAAUGAUUACUCCAUGGAGCAGUUAAGAAAGGCUAAGAGAAUAUUUGAUGAGUGCCAAAAACAUGAUAUGGAACUUUUUGGAAUCAGCAGAGUCAACACCACUUCUAAGAAUAUGAUCCAGAAUUUCCAGAAAAUAAAUAGGGAUUUAGUAAUUGGUAAAGAAGCAAUGGCUAACCCAUCUAUUGAUUAAAUAGCACUAAAAAGUAUGGGCUAGCAUAAAGCUCUUGCUGAAGGGGACCUAGAAAAGUUUAACUCCUUUCGAGAAAAUAAAUUCACUGACUAGUAAAUCUUAUAGUAUCUGGAAAAUUAAAUUGAAAAUGAGUUGAGUGAUCUAGAUAAAUUCAGUGAAGAUCUAGGGAUUGAUCCAUAUAGAUUCAGAGACAAGGAGUUCUAAGCUGAUUUUGGAAUAGAUUUCUCAGGAAUGGAUGAUGAUGAGAAAAUGCCUGAUUUACUAGAUACCUUCCCUAAUUCUAUUGUGAAACCGAACCCUCAAGGAUAAUAUCUGGAGAAACUAAAACUCAAAAUGUACGAUGAGCUUGAAAAUAUUGAUCACAUUAUAAAGUCUUCAGAGGAUAAUAUCAAACUAACCAAGUCACAUUAUCUUUUGCAUUUAAGGACAGUUUAUCAUGAGAAAGUAGUUGCUUUAAAGUAAUAAAGGGAUAUUUUUAGAGACUAACUUAGUAAAAUGUCAAGAGCUCACACGUUAUAAAUGAGAAACAUUGAGAAUUUUGCCUUAUCAAUAGCAGCAGAGAUGUUCAAAAAGAAAGCAUAAUAAGUUCGAGUAGUAUUUUCAAAAGAAUGCAGUCAUCUAGUAUCAGAGUAUGAAAAAAUUCACAGAGUUAUGAAAUUUUUUGAAAAGUCAUUCAAAGAAUUAUAAAAACUCCUUUCAACAUAGGAGUAAGAGUUGUCAGAUUAGAACCUUUAUAUGUCAGAGUUAAAAAGGCGAAAAAGGAAGUUUCAACUUAAGAAAAAAGAAAUAGAACCUUAUCUAUCUGAAAUACAAGGUGAGAGGUUUAAGAAGAUUCCAGUAAAGGAAUUCAUGAAAAAGGAGUUUGACUUCUAUGGAUUGGGAAUCAGACUUGGACAGUAAGAAAGAGAAAAGAUAUUGAAGAACAUAAUGUUUAAGUAUUAAGAAAAAGAAAUUCAGAACUACAAAGAUAACUGGAAGGUAGCAAGACAAGAAGUGACAACUUUGAAUAUAAUGAUGGAAUAAUCAUAAGCUGCAGAAUUUAAAGUAAAAAACGAAAAUGCUUAACUCUUGAUUGAUUUGGAAAAUGAAAAAUAAUUGCAUGCGAAAAAUUUGGAAAUUAAGGACAAUCUACAUGCAGCUGAAAUUGCCAAGAGGAAGCUAGAAUAUUAAUAAUUAGUAAAGGACUAUAUGGAGUAUAAAUAAUUCGUAGAAGCUGAAAAUUAGGUAUCAAUGGAAAUCAUUAUAAAGUAAAAAGUUAUUUGUUAAGACGUUGAGAAAUUGAAAGAAGAUAACAAUCUGCUUUAUUCAAUUAUUAAGUAUCCUCAUCUUUGCAAGGAUUUUCAUCUCAAAGUUAAAGAAGCAGCCUGUUUGGAAUAUUAAGGUUAGAUGAACAUAUUACAGGAUAUUUAUAAGGAAAAUUAUAAAGAUGGACAACUACCUGUGAUACCAGUAAUUGAUGAAAAAACUAAAAGAGAGAUGAUGAGAGAAAAGAGGAGAGGCAAGACCUCACCUUCCUUCCUUGAUGCUAUAACCACAAAUCCAAAUUAAAAGCCAGUUUCGGGUAAAUCAUCCUAAAUUGGGAAAGAUGAAUUUCAAACUCCAUUCAAUCCAUUGAUGCUUCAACAAUUGCAGUAGAUCUAAUAAUAGCAAAUGCAAUUAGGCACACCUUUGACCCCUAACUAAAUGGUGUAACUCUCGCAGCAGAUGUAAAUUCAAUAGUAGUAGAUCUAGACACAAUUCCCUUACCUUGAUUCUAAUAACAUGACACCUCAAAUGCUUAGCUAAUUCAGUCAAUCAGUUAAUCUAUAAUAACCCCAAUUUUACCCAUAAGGUCCUAACUUGCAAAUGUUUUAAACACCUUAGGAAAAAUCUGGAGAGAUAAUGACUGAAGAUGUUAAGUAGUACCUAGGUGAACUUUUGAGCGGCUAAAAACUCAACUCAACUUAAUUAAUGAGUAAUAAUAAUAUGCUCUCUACUACAACAAGAUUAAUGACUUCUCAGGGUACAGUUGACUAUGGAUUAGAACCAAUGUACAGAAGUACAAUUGAUUGGAAUAUACAGAGUGGAAUUAUAAGCACUGAAAAACCAUUCCAGAUGCAUUCUCAAUUAGAGUCUUAAUUUUCUAAGUAAAAAAACAAACUGCUUUCAAAAGCUAAUAAAAUACUCACUGUUCCUAGUACAAGAAGUGGAAGAAGAGCAAAUCUUAAUCUGGAUGCAGUAGCGAGAGCUCUUUAGGCUUAGUAAGAAGAUAGUACAAGACCACUGCUAGUCAUAAACUAAAUAGGGGAUAAGAGAAUCAUAAAGAGGAACCUAAUGAAUCAGUCUCUCUAAAACCCUCAUCUUAAAUGGAAUGAAAUGAUGGGAGAUGAAAAGCCCUCUAAAAAUUUAGAGAAAAUACCAAUAAGUGGAAAUAAGAGAUUUUUAGAGUUACAUCUCUUGAAAAAGCAUAAAAGAGAUCAAUCAAUAAUCAAGUCUCCUGAUACAAUAAAUGAAAUACACACAGCACUGCCGAAAUCAAAGAGAUAUCACAGUAUAAAUAUAGAUAACUUGAACAAAAGAUCUAAAUAGUUUAGUCUCAAUGAAAGAACAACUAGAAAUAACUACCCAGAGGCUAUUACUGAAAAAGAGAUAAAAGAGAGAUUUUUGACGCAUAGAAAGAAAUUACAAAGUUUAAAAACUAAUCAAAGUAUUGAUCUAGGGGAGAGAACAACUACUGUCAAAGACACAAGUCUGGAAAUAAGCCCAAACAAAGUAGAGAGAAAGCAAAGCUUGGGAAUCAUAUUCGAUGAGAUUGAAAUUAUGAAUCUUAUGAAGCCAUAGUUGUGA